CCUUAAUUGACUUCACUUGACACCUGGAAUAUCUUUUUAAGGCAUUGUGUAACUCUUAUCUAGUGUUGUUUCAGUUGUCUUGAAUUCCUGUUUUGGUCUUCGUUAUCAAGUAAUAAUAACAUAUAAUGGCCCCCUAAAAUCACCAAAGCGAAUGGUGUUUUUGAGAGCUACUUUCUUUUUCCACCCCUUUUUCGUAUAUCAGCUUAUCGAACUUGGAGCGCUUUUGAUGGAGCCAAUCUUCCCAGGGAGAUGCUGAUCUGCCUGAAGAAUGUGAGUGGCAAGUAUGUCUGAAGAAAUGGUUCCAGCAAUCUUUUAAGUGAAAUCCUCAGUGUUUGGUACAUGUUUCUUCCCUUCGUACUAAUUUAGUACUAAAGCAUAUGUAGUUUUUUUGUGAAUAAUGUUUUGAGGUACCAUUUAGCUACAGAUGUCUUUUAAUUUCCAUAAGCAUAUAUGGAAAGAGAUUACUAAAAUAUUGUUUCACAUGUGUAAAUUGCCAAACGUACAUUUAUUUAGUCAACUGAGAUAUAGUCUGGUGUUACAUUAGGUUGCAAUGCAUUUGGUAAACACUUGACCCUCAUAGCCUUGUGGCAAUGUUUGCCGUUGAAGUGAGUGCCUAGCAGUCAUAUCACGUGACCAGCUAGCAAGUUUGUUUUGGAGUGGCUACCUGAAAUACACUAAGGAUUUGCACUUAACGUUAUACUACUUUGUUCUUGAUGUGAUGCUCUAGAUAAUACUUUUACCCACCAAAUUCAUAACGAUUCAUUUCCUGUCCAUAAAUAAUUCAAGCCGUUCCAAAUACUCUGAGAAUAUGGUUUGGUGUAUAUGGACACUAGAAAAUCGCUUUUUCUCUAGAUAUCUCGCGAGUCUAUGGGCUUUAGACAUUUUUUUCACAGUACAGGUAUUUCCGGUCCUAAGUUGUUUCUUUCUGCAUGGUUCUAUUUAUAUAGAAACGUUUUCAUUAUGAGGUAUAACUUUACCAAAUAUCACCCGUUAAUGAGAAGCUUUUGUUACCUCACUGAUCUGACGUGUCAUUGGGUGGUUGCAUAUUGUAUGAUCGUUUACUUACAUACCCAACGCUUUACACUGAUAUUUGAUAGGUCAUAUUCAAUCUGAUUGACUGUCUUUGAAAUUUAACUUCUUAGUCCUCUAGUUAUUCGUUGCAUGUAAAUAGUAGAAUUUUGAGUUCGUUUCAAACGAAUAUUGUAUUAAAAUCGCUCAAUUUCCCCCCCGAAACUAGUAAAAAUUCAUGGAAGUUGGUUACGGACUUAGUGGCAAACGCAGCAUAAAAAUAUAUGUAAUGUGUGACUUUUUUCAGCCACUGUCGCUUUUUAAAUUUAUUUCUGAUUAAUGAUUCGCACUGCUGAGGAGUCCCAUACUAGGACGAAACGGCCGUCCAGUGCUUCCAGGUUUUCCAUGGCGGUCUAGCUUCAACUGACUCAUGAUUACAAUCUGUGAGAUUCUCUAAACAUUGUUGCAUGAUGUUCCUCCCUUUACUUGUUGUUUACCAUCUAUCAUUAAUGUGUAAAUAAAUAUUUGUUUCUUUCUUGUAUUCCAGGACAGCGUGACUUGGGUUUGCGAAGGUCCUGGUGUGUAAGUAACUGUUAGUUAACCGGUUGAUAUAUUUCCUAACACUGUCUGCGAAAUCUAUUCACUAUAAUUUUGUUUUUAUCCGGCUUCAAACUAAGAUAACACGCUAGAACUGGUUUUAACUCUCGACAUUUAUUUAGCGGUUUUUUUCCUGUUUACAUGUUAAAUCUUCUUUGACGGGCAAUGACAAAUAAAGCUGAUGAUGGAGAGUUUGGACAUGUCUUGCAAUACUGGUCUAUCAAAAAUAUCAUUAUUAUUUUAUACAUUCAGAAGACUGCGAUUUAAAAUUUAUGAAUUACACAUGUUUAUUUGUGGAAAAUAAUACGACCAUAUAAAGAGAUAUAAAUUACUGCACUAUCUUGAAUUUGAUGAUAGAAAAGCUGCAGAGUUUUUAUUCUAACCAUGUUUGAUGAAAGAAAAUUAAUGAGUUUUGCGGAGCUUCAAUAACGGCACACUGUACUUAUGCACAGCAUUCAAUUUUUGACUACGUUUAUCUUAUAAAAGUAUCUCAAAUAGCAUCAUACGUACUCAUGCAACCCAAUGUUGUCAGGUUUUUGACUCACAUUAUUUUCAGCAUAAAAGUUGAAAUAAAUGCACUCCACUAAAUGUACUUCUACAGUAAGGCUUGGUCCAAUACUCGUGUAUAAUAAGAUUGGGCAUAGGGUCAACAAAAUUAUCUUUGAGAAGAAAGUUGUUUAUAAUUCUUAAACAAAAACAAACCGACUAACCCAUAUGGAAUCUCCAAUGGGAGCAAGGACAUGAUAUAAAAUGGAGAAAACCGAGAGCUUUCUAUAGCCAAGUGGCUGAUAAUCUUUCUGAAGUCAGAGUAGCAAUUAAGAUAGACACAUAGAAUUUCCCGAUAAUGUGGAUCAUCUGGAUAGCUAAGGAUAUAAUCUAUCUCAGUAAAUUUAAAAAAGCUGACUGAAACAAGUUCCAAGCCUUACAAGAUUUAUUACAAUAAGAGGAAAUCACUAUGAAAAACAAUUGGGAAGAGAAUAAAAGAGCGAUAACUUGAACAUGCCAGGUGAUAGGUCCCACGAAGCACCAUCUCAAAGAGUGGGUUUAUAUCGAUACCCGGGCAAAGAUUCAAAAUAGGAAACACAAGAAGAUAGUAGUCGAAAACAACCGAACAAAACUAAAGAAAGCCAAGACAAAAGUCGAAUAUACAGAAGCAAACAAACGAGUGGAGAUCAUCAGGGUCGACAAUCAAAAAUAUGUGGAAGACCUGGCAACUACAGCAUAACAACCCGCACAGGAAGAAAGUAUGAAAAAACUAUAGGACACAGACAAGACGCUUGCAGACAAAUAUUGUAAACCACAGUAGACGGUCGGGAAGAGACGGGGUAAAUCAAUCACCGAGGUUCAAGAGCAGACGGACAGGUGGUUCGAACACUUUGAAGAGCUCUUCAAUAUACCAGAGAUUAUGAAUCCACCAAACAUUAAAGCAACAUACAGACCUCCUUGUAUAUUUGAACGCACCAGCAACAGAAUAGUACACCAGGACCACUAGGUAAAUCAGAGAUGGUAAAUCUGCAGGACCAGACAGCAUACCAGUCACAGCACUAAAUUCAGGCAUAGUAGUAACUCUAAGAGUGUUUCACGUUGUCUGCAAAAAAGAUUUGGGAGGAAGAACGAGUACACACAGAUUGGAAACAAAGACUUCUCAAAAAGAUGUCGAGGAAAAGGAAUCAUAGUCGGUACGAGAACUACAGAUGGAUUGCCUCCGUUAAAACCGUAGAAAGACUCCAACAGUAUUGCUCAACCAAAUGAAAGACUCAGUAGACGCCCGAUUUCGAAAUAAGACACUAGUUUCGUAGUGAUCGAUCAUGUGAAGGCCAAAGUGCAACGCUACCGAUCACUGUUGAACCAUUAACUGAAACUCACCUCUAUCCAUUGACUUCCCUGAUUAUGAGAAAGCAUUUGACAGUGUGGAUAAAAAAGCCUUGUGGCAUCUCCUCAACACUAUGAAGUAUGUGAGAAGACUGUUAUGAUCAUGCAGAAUUUCUACGAAGGACUGAGUUGCAAGGCAGUGCAUGGAGAGCAGGUCUAAGAUACAUCUCACGUGAAAACUAGUGUGACAUAAGGCUGUUCGCUCUCGUAUUUUCUCCUUAUGCCAGCUGUUGACUGGGUUAUGAACUCUCCUAUAUCUCAAGAAAUACAAUGGACACACUUUGCAGAUGAAUUAACCCUGUUAUUGCAGACACAACAGCAAGUUCAGGUCAAGACAGGCAGUGCAGCAGCAGCUUUCAUAGGAAUAAACCUCAACAGUCACAAGCGGAAAAUCAAGAUCCUGAAGUGCAAUACAUUGAGUGCCAACGAAAUUACAAUUAAAUGUGCAGCUCUCGAAGAGGUGCAAUGUUUUUUACACCUGGACAGUAACAUCGAUAGGCAAGGUGGCAUUGGAAACUUCAAAAACUACUUCAACUAUCAUCAGAAAAGUAUGGGUACUUUUGGACGGCUCUGCGCUUAAUACUCCAGACCCAGCGGCCAGAGAUCAUCAACAUCUGAUAGAAGACAGACUAAAUGCUAAGUAAACAUUUUCCAGACGAACAUUUCCAAGAGUAGAUUGGGUAUACAAAUAAUUCAAACAACACAUAAUUAAAUGAGGGUUUAUUCUUUUUGGAUAGAUAUCUUUCUGUUGUUAUGGAUAAAAAAGGGUAAAAUAAUUGGUUCCUGAGCCACAGGAUUAAUGUCCCGCGCAUAUACAUUUGAAAGUCGUUACUGUAGUAACGACUGUUAUUGAUUAUUUUACAAAGAGGAUGUUAUCAAUAUGACUUAUUUAAUUUUUCAACAUUUACAACACCAUUAUUGUUACUAAUGUUAGAAUAGCAUUACGAACACGUAAUAAACAGCAUAAAUCACUGAAUUGCUACAACAUAUCAUUCAAUUAGAAGGGCGGAUAGGUAAAUAUAUAUGACUUAUUUAC